AUGGAGCGCUCACAAUCCGACACUCUACCUCUGGCGAAUUCGGUUCAAAUUCCUCAGCUUGGAUUCGGUGUGUACUUAUCCCCACCCGAUGUUUGUACCAAGUCAUGCCUCACUGCACUCGAAGCUGGAUAUCGUCACAUUGACACGGCUCAGUACUACGCCAAUGAAACAGAAGUUGGACAGGCCGUUCAGAAGUCAAACGUCGAUCGGAAAGAUGUUUUCUUGACUACCAAGAUCCUUGAGGCUGCUGGCUCCGUGGAUACAAGCUACGCGAAAUGCAUCGAAAGCAUUGAGAAGCUUGAUCCUGAGAGCGGUUACGUGGACCUUUUCCUCAUUCACAGUCCCAAUAGCGGCGCUGCAAAGAGGAAGGAGAUGUGGCAAGCACUGGAGAGGCUGUAUGAGGAGGGAAAGGCCAACAGCAUUGGCGUGAGCAACUUUGGUAUCAAGCAUAUCGAAGAGCUGAAGCAAUUCGCCAAAGUUUGGCCCCCUCAUCUUCAUCCCUGGGCGCAGCAGAGAGACGCUGUGAAAUACUGCGAAAAGAACAACAUCGUAGUAGAAGCCUACGCUCCUCUCGUUCGCAACCAAAAAGCCGAUGACAAAACCCUCAAAAGCAUCGCCUCGAAGCACAAUGUCUCGCCUAGUCAAGUAUUAAUCAGAUACUGCCUUCAGAAAAACUGGGUUCCGCUCCCAAAGAGCGAUACACCCGAGCGCAUCAAAGCUAAUGCCGAUGUUUUCGGGUUUGACCUGGAUGACAAGGAUAUGAAGGCGCUGGAUGAUCUGGAUGAGGGCGCUGAGGGUGCAAUUGUGCAGGCGGUGGAUAAUUAUUGA